AUGACCACACGCCCACGACGAGCCCUCGCAAAGCGACAGCCACAGCAGCAGCAGCCAUUAUCACAAUUACAAGCAGUACAAGCACAACAAGCACAACCAUUACAACAAGCACAACUACAGCACCAGACGAUAACGACAAACCCAGACUUCCCAGACCUAUACUCAACGUACAACGUGUCUCCUCCGUCCCCCACCAGCAGCACCACCACCAGCACCACCACGAGUAACAGCACGAGCAUGUCAGAGCCCUCCCCCGCCAGCUGGCUCUGGCCCCUCCCCAGCCAGACAGACGACAGUCGCAAGUGCAACGAACCAAGCCCCCAGCGAACUCCACAAAACGGCCCCCAGAACGUUGGCCCAGGGCGACCCACUGCCCGACGCGUGCAGCGCUGUGGAGUCGGCCAGAGCCGACACGCCCACCCCGACAGAGCCAGAGACCGGCCGUGCAAAUCCCCGGGCAGUGGCUCUGGCACGGGCAGCCUGAUGGAGGUGCGCUGCUGGGACCAUGGCUGCGAGGGGCGGAAAUUCUCAUCUCUGGGAAAUUACCGGCGACACCUGCGCGAGAAGAACGGGCAGGCCAAGGUCCAUCCCUGCCCGGACUGUGGGCGGGUCUUCACGCGGUCGACGGCGCGGAACUUCCACAGGGAGUCUGGAACCUGCGGACUGAGCCCGAGGCAGCUGAUGCUCCAGAUGCAGAUGCAGGUGCAGGUGCAGAUGCAGCAGGUCCAGCAGGCCCAGCACGCUCAGCCUCUGCUCGCGUCGACGGCCUCCUUCUAUCCGCCCCUGAAUGUGCCCUCGCCGCCGUUCGACUUUGACUGGGGCCAGAUGGACCUGUACUCGCCGGGUGUGUUAUGGGGGAGUCGAUGA